UCUCUCUCUCUCUCUCUCUCUCAUUGUGAGCUCUUUCUGAUGCUGUUCCAUUUAUAGUUGAGACCCCUUUCUUAGCGUUGUAUGUUAUCACUGGGCCAAAAGAACGGCUUCAUCUAUGUUUUGAAAGUCUGUGCUUCCAGUGCUGGCUUCUCAAGCAUACUUAAUUAGUAUUUUUGAAGAUGGGUUUUUAAUUUUCGGGUAGAAAUUGAUAGGUAGUUAACACUCUAAUCCAAAACAUUGAGAUCGUUGGGCUUUUCUCUUUGUAUAAAGCUAGUCUUUAGGGUUUCUUCUUCUUCGUCUUCCUCAGUGUUAUAUGUGCUGCAGAUAAAAAGCAGUCAUUUUGCAGUGAUCAGUAUUUUCUUUUGUAGGUUUUCAACUAAUGGGAGUGUAUUCCGGUGGGUCGUCGGGUGUUUCAAGGAUUUUCAAUCAAUAAUAAUCCCUAAUCUAUGACUUUAAUUGAAUUGGGAUUGCUCUGUAAUCGAACCCAGCUACGACAAAGAUACUGGCUCAGAGUGUACUCUGGUGCUACUUCAGCGUCUCUUUUGGAUGAACAUUCAUUUGAUUCAGCACCAAAUGCCGAAACUAAAAUUGCUGCUGAAAGUUAUGCACCAGGGGACAUUUUAUUUGUCAGUAGAAAGUGUACCCUUUUUCCCCAAGUAGUCAGAGUAUUUCAUUCUUUGAAUUGGAGGUUUGCAAGGGAAAUAAGAUUCUUUGAAGCUGUUGAAAAGUAUGGAUUUUCUCAUUCUAUAAAUGCCUUCUGCAUUAUGGUUCAUAUCUUCUCAUCAGCAGGGAGGCUCUCAGAAGUAAAUUUUCUCUUAAGAGAGGUCGUAUGCUAUUGUCAGGAAGCAAAAUAUGAUGCGUUUGAACUCUGUCCCACUCUACUGGAGUCAUCGGUGGCAGAAAUAUCAGUGUCUGUUUUUGAAGUUCUUAUGACGGUUUUUGUGAGCUCAUCAAUGCUUGAACAUGCUGUAGAUGUGUUCGUGCAAGCUAAAAGCAUUGGGCUAACACCGAAUGUCAGAACGUGCAAUUUCUUGCUCAAGUUUUUGGUGGAAAAGAAUAAAGUAGAAUUUGUUAAAAGUUUAUUUGAUGAAAUGAAGAAUAAUGGGCCACGGCCCAAUGUUUGCUCUUAUAGUAUUUUGAUGAAUUUUUACUGUAAAGGAGAUAUUGGUAAGGCUGACACAGAUAUUAGCCAAGCUACUGAGAUAUUAAACGAAAUGGAGAGGUUUGGGGUGCACCCUACAGUUGUGACUUAUGGUACGUAUAUUCAUGGGCUUUGCAGGGCUGGAGGUGCUGAAUCUGGGUUGAAAUUCCUUCGAAACUUAAGAGAUAGAAACCAGCCCCUCAGUAGUCAUUGUUACAAUGCCAUUAUCCAUGGUUUUUGCCAUAAAGGUAAGUUAGAUGAGGCUGUGGAGGUCUUUGAAGAAAUGGAGAGAUUUGGAGUAUCACCAGAUGCUCACAGCUACAGCAUUCUUAUUCAUGGGUUCUGCAAGAAGGGGGAUGUUGCAAAAGGCUUCAGUUUACUGGAGGGAAUGUUUCUCCAUAAGGACCAUAGCAUAAGGCCUUCCUUAGUUAGCUAUAGCUCGCUUUUGGGUGGUCUCUGCUUGAGUGGACAAAUGGAAGCUGCACUUGAAUUGUUCCACAAACUUGAGGCUUUGGACCAGACCUCUUAUAACAUCUUAAUAAAUGGAUAUUGUAAGCAUGGGGACUUCAAUUCUGUGUGUAGACUUUGGAUCGAGAUGAUUGGAAAUAAUUUUGUUCCUGAUGUUUACAACUGUACGAGCUUGGUCCAUGCUUAUUGCUUGAUGGGAUGCUUAGAGAAAGCCUUGGAACAUUUCAAACUCAUGCUGGAUAGGGGAGUACUUCCAAACACUGUUACAUGCACUGUUAUUGUUAAUGCAUACUGCAGGAAAGGAUAUAUUGAUGAAGCUUUCAGACUCUUGGACGAAAUGCAAGAACAGGGCAUUAUUCCCAACUUGUUUACAUUUAAUGCAAUCAUCAAUGGACUGUGUAAGGAAAGGAAAGCAGAGAGGGCUUGGGAGCUAUUUCCUUUGAUGUUGCGGAGGGGUCUUGUUCCCGAUGUUGUUAUUUAUAGUACACUUAUUGAUGGUUUUGUCAAACAGUCAAAUUUAAACGCAGCUUUCAAAUUAUAUGCGAUGAUGUCAAAAUGUGGGAUUGCACCAAACAAAGUCACAUACACUAGCCUUAUUAGUGGACUAUGUAAUGUUAACAGGAUUAAAGAAGCCAUGAAUUUAUUCAAGGAAAUGAAAAAGAAGGAUUUGAUUCCAGAUGCAAUUUGUUACACCGCAAUUAUAGCUGGGUUUUGUAAAAUUGGAUACGUGGAGAAGGCCUGUGCUCUUUUUACCGAAAUGGUACAAUAUGGCCUUUUGCCUGAUGUUGUCACUUAUACCUGUCUGGUCGUUGGUUACUGCAAAUCGAGCCGGAUGGACAUUGCACAACAGUGGUUUGAUGAAAUGAAAUGGAAGAAAGUCACUCCUAAUGUGGCAACAUAUACUGCACUAAUCACUGGGUACUGCAGACUUGGUGAACAGGAUAAAGCUCUUGAGGUAUAUAAUGAGAUGAGGAAGGCCAGUGUGCUGCCAGAUGAUCUUACCUUGUCGGUGGUGAGCCUAUGGAAUUUAGGCAACCAAGGGAAUGAAAUGACAUGAAGUAACUAUCUGAUAUUUUGUACCAAUCUUGAUCCGUUCCAGGCUCACUUUCGGCAUUCCUUAUGGAUGCUGCGGAUUUGGUGGACUGGAAUAAGCUUGAAGAGGCAUAUAUUGAGUUGAUGAAAGGUUUGAUGGAGAAUGAUAUUUGCCUGUUCUGACCUUUCAGAGCCACUUCCAUUGGAUGCUGAUUUUACUCUUGUAUUUGCAUGAAAGCUAAAUACAGGUAUGCUCUAUUAUCUUAAGCCUUUUAUACUGGUGACAUCUUUUACUCUUCUAUAACUGAUGACAGGAACAUAUGAAAGUUAUUGUAUACACUAUACACUGUAAUGUGUUAAGACUGUUGAAAUAUUUGCAUUUAUUAAUGGUGAUGGCGGGAAAUGUGGAAAGGAAAAAUGUAAUGGUUAUACUAGUCAAAAGUAAAAGAAAAAAAGUAAUGGUUGCAGAGUCUCAACAUGAAAGUAUAACUAAUGGUUGACUCCACAACUUCCAUUGGGUAAGUUAUCCAGCAAGAACCAGUAAGAGGACCACAAAACUUGUUUGAAAACUGUGCCUCUUUAUGUUCUGACCCUUCUUCCUUCUGUCGUCUUAUUCAUGUAAACAUAUAUGUGGGGACUACUUAUGCAACAGUAUCUGGUCCAGGAUACUGACCUGAAGGUAACAAUUAUGCUCCAACAUCAAAUUCAACUUAUCAGAUUGAAAAAUCUAACCCUGAGCCUGGCUAACUGGCGUGGUCCUGCAACUCAACCUGAAGACACUCUUUCAAUAAUAUUCAUUCAAAUUUUCAAUCUUGACAUUCUACAUGCAGCUGAGCCAGCAACCCAAUGGCCUCAUCAGUUAGUCUUGAAAGCUCAACCUAGUGUGUCAAAGAAUGUGGAUUCCAGCGUAGGCUAAUUGAAUUCAUGUUUCUAUUUUCUUUUACUUACUAGAAGAAGUUCGAUCCCAAUAUUAUAAAUCAUCAAUUGGUUCAGAGAUUUCUUUUUUUCCAUUUAGGGGACUCAGUCUGUGAGAUUAAGUGUUUAAAAUGGUGAAGUCAUGGUGCUGGAAAGGUUUUGGAAAUCUAAUACAAAUGCAUGGAUUGAGAUAAUUUGGGUUUGGAUAUUCUACUAACACAAAGUUCACAACAUAUGUGCUGAAAAUCAGGUCUAACAGAAGCCAUAAAGGAUGAAAACUUCCAAAUACAAGUGCAGAAAAUCCAUUAUGAAGAUUCAUGGAAAUUCAUUCUUCUUAGUCAGAAGCUUCCAUAUCAGCUGAGUUGACAUUUUUCUUAUGCAUCUCAAACCCAGACAUCCCUCAUCCUUUCAGGAGGCAAAUAGCUGCCCAACUGGUGGGGUGCAGAAAUUUGGUGGAGUCCAUUUCUUUCCAGAGAAAAGCUGCCAUAAUAGAUUCUAACCCUUUAAUAGUUGACUGGGGCAAACCAUAAAUACCAGACCAAUAAAUAUAAGAUGAUUGAAAAACUGAUCUAAUGAGAACCAAGCAACCUGCAUACGAGAGAAGCAUUUCUUUCCAAAGUUGAAGCCAUUUCCGAAUGAGGUAACAAUGGCGAAGGUUUUGUAGAGAGACGCAUAAAUAUUCAUAGUUAUUCUUUGUGUUUAUUACGUACAGGGAUUGGCCCUUUGUGAUAAUCAGAUGAUUUAGAGUGAUGGUAUUGGGCACUGUUCUGAAAUGGUUCUGGUUGUUGUAAUUCAGAGUUUAACUUGCAGGUUGGUUAUUGAGUUCUUGGUGUUGAUCGAAAAUAGGUGGUAGCUGUUCUACUCGUGGAUAGUUCUUCAAGUUCCUUGAUUUAUUAAAUGAUCAAAAGUGGCAGCUAGUGUUUUCUUUGAUAGUUUGAUGUUCCUCAUCUGAUGUAGUAUAUGUGUAAUUCGUCUCUGGCAGGAUAAUAGACUCUCUCACAAAGAAACUCACUCAGACAUCAUUAGGAUUUCCAUGGCACAACGCAUGCCAAAGCUUUUGUGAUCAAGGAAAAAGCUAAUUGCUAUUAUUCAUUUCAUAUAAAGGUUAGGCUCUUAUUAGUUGAUAUGUCAUUGGUAAGUGAGGGAGCUUACCCUUUUAUGCUGCUAACUAGCUCUCAGAUUGUUUGAUGACAGAGUCUUAUGUGUAUUCUCCAACUCCCAUGCAGAUUUGAUUAAACAUCUCUUUCAUCAUAGAUUCUGCUGCUUGAUGGAGGCAUCUAAAGAUCAUGAUUUCUUUUGUAAAAAACUCAUGCCAAUUUUUGGAGGAUUUACGAUAUUAAGGGUUACACAUUGCAUACCAAAAAUGUUAAUAGUAAAUUCUAAAAAAAUAUUUUCCACAAUUAUCAUUUUAUUGCACUCACACAUAAAAAUAGUCGUUGGUUUGGUAUUACAUGGUUUGCCUUUUUUUUAAUCGUUUUAGAUAUAAUGUGCUCAAUGACAAAUCCCAAAAAUUUAGCUCAACAGGGUACACAAUUUUUUUAGUCUUUCCAUAGUAGCAUCAGGCAUGUUAUCAACUAUCAAGUAUUGAUAUGAUAUGGGUCGAUACGGCUGAAACAUAUUGGGAUUAGCCAUGUCAAUACGAUUACAGAACCGUUACAUAAAAAAAUUAUGUACAAAACCUAUACAGACCACUAUGGGCUAAAGUAUUGAUACAUACCAGUACACAGGAUGCCAGAACACACAAAGUUUUUGAAAGAAACUUCUUAUUCUGUUUUUGGUCAAAACCUAGUGGAUCAGUGGAUCCCAUUUGCAUUAAAAAACCAACAUAGGAGUGAUGAAACAAGCAAAAAUUUGUAUUAAAGCUCAUCAAAGUGAAGAUCGAAUAUCCAAGCCUGGGUUGAAGUAUGAUAAAAUAAUUGAUUUUUGUUUUUUGCUUGAAUCUUGUUUUUUCUUGCUUGUUUUUGCCAAGUGUCACAUUUAAACUGGAAAUUGGCCUAGAUUUUGAUCAUCUUGAAUGAUUUGUGAUCUACAAUAUAUAAUCAUGUUUGUUGCUAAGUUUCUAGUAGUAGUUACAUACUACUUCAGGGCUGUUUAAUAUGUUAUCAGAAUAUCAGUAGAGCAGGAGUAUAGUUAAUGUGUUUAUACUUAAUUUAUGUUACUUAAUAGUUAGUAGUAUGUUUAUACUUGCAUCUUGCUUGUUGGUUUUGGACCUUUAGGGGUUAAUUUAAGCCACGAUCCUAAUAGCAAAUAGAUGUUUCUUUUUGAAAUCUUCUUACUUAAUUGUUUUCUUUUACUUAUUAGUAGGUCUGUUAUUACACUUGCCAAUGAAGAUUUGAAUCAUAUAGAUGCCAUGAAGAUGGAGAUAAUUUGUCAUUGGUUGGAUAUCAUUAUUUAUUGCUUAUUUAUGGUGCAUAAUGCUUAUAACACUUGUUUUACAUGUAUCAUUAACAUGUCUGUGCAUGUCAAAGUGUAUCUAGCGUCUCUUAAUGGCUCUCUGUAUGUCUUUGAGACAUACCUUAAAACCAGCUUUCUGAUACAUUGCCCCAUACUGAUACUUGACACCUUGGCAUCAGGGGUUUGGAAGUUUAAAAGUUGUAUUCUAGUUUUUUUAAGAUAUUCUAAGUCUCUAAUUCCCAUACAGUUUUGGGGUCCAAAUAUGCUCUUUCUAGUCUAUUAUUGCCUUACUGGUAAAGUAAGUAGUGGUUUGAGUUGUAUUAGGAUCAGAGUCUAGUUACAUUAAGAGUCAUACUUUAAGAAUUAUAAGGAUAUGUACCCUGAUCUUUGGCUAUACAAGAUUGAAUGGGUUAGUUUAAGUUUUGGUAAAGUAGACUGGGUACUUAUCGAUCAGCAAAGGCUGAGCUUUCUUCACUCUACCUCCAUGUCUUCUAUUGGUUGCUGUUAUAGAUCUGGCAAUUUCAAAUUCAAGUCAGUUUUUCAUCUUUUCUCUCCUUUUCUUCGUAUUUUUGAAAUUAUUGUUCAUGAGUGGUGUUCACAGUCCCGUAACAGUGCUUAUUUCUUGUUCUUUCUCCCCACCCCCCUCAAUUCCUUCUGUUUCUAGAGACUUUAUUCAACACGAUUUUAUUACCCACCACCUUUCUUUGCCGUUCAGCCUCAGAAAAUUCAUAAAUCUGGGCUAUGCUGCUUCAGAUGUCCUUUUGGAUGUGACAUUGUCAAAACAACUUCUAGGUGAGAAACUAUUCCUCAUUCAAAAACUUUGGUUACAAACCAAUUUGAGUAUUUACAAAUUACACUCACUCAGAGGACUUCAAAAAUAUUUCUUCUCUUACACUCUAGGAAGCAAGUUUAUGUGGCUGGGUUGGACCAAUUUCACCACUGGAGGUCCUAUAGAUUAACAUAUAUUUUAUCUAAGUUUUGAGGUUUCGAAAUCCCAAAUAAUUCCAAGUAGUUAUUUCCAGCAAUUUUAGGCAGCUCAUUGACAACUAGGAAUACGUGGCUCUUACAAACACUCAGCUGAUGAAGCCUUGUUUUGCUUGUAACUUCCAUUUGAUAUUUCUCUGUACAAAUCUGGGGUGCUCCAUUGUCUUUCAGGUGAAUCAAGGGUGCUGUAUGGUCCCUGGAGCACUUAAACAGAGUCCCAUGUACCUUGUUCUCUAAAGGGAUAUUUAAUCAUGGCUAUGUGUGUUAUCAUAUGCUUGUUUCCCCCUGCCCCCCAAUCUUUUGAUAAGUAAGCUUGUUCUGUUUGGUAGUUAGUUUUCAUCCUAGUGGAUAACAAUGCGAUUCACUGACAGGCAUUUUUGGAACAGAGAAAUGACAGAGGAGUCGUAUAGGGAGAGCCCCCAAACAGAAUGGAUUCAGAAGCUCUAGAAGUGUUGGCAGGUAUUAAGCUCUACUUAUAAGGACAAUGGGCAGCAACCUGUUUGCAGUUGCUGGUUCUUUGCAGGCACACAGGACAUCCAAGGCAUAGUAGGAUGGGCUUGGUCCAAUGGAAAUCUAUAAGGAGGUGUCAAAGUGCGUCUAAUCUUAAUGAGAUAGAGCAAUUUACUUGCAAGUUGCAAUUCAAAGACUUGUAAGCGGGGAUGCAAAAGAAUUUAUCAUCUUCAGGGGACUUCCUGAUCAUAAGGAGUAAGAUUCUUAAUUCUUGUUGCCUCAGUGAAAAAUGACACUGGACUUGACGACAAGGUUUGAGGAAUUACAAUCAGAUCAAGUGAGUCACCCGAUUCGAAUCGGAAUCUAGCGGCACCCGAUCCCAAUACUGAUUUCAGCCAAUCUUUUAAACCCCUGUUUUGGAGUGGUGUUGAAUAUGUUUGGUCUUCAUUUUUGGCCAUUAUUUCCCAGCCUGUAAUAUAGAAGAAAACCAAUGUUUUUUUUUUCAAAAAAGCCUUGAAACUUCGACCAUUAGGUUGUAUAACCAUUUAGGCAUCGAUGAGGCUUAGAAAACCAAUGUAACUUCUUGUAGUAUGAUCCCCAACUUUAUUGAAUAAAAAACUGUCAAAUCUUUCCAUC